CGGACAGCGUUAAAUUUUGAAAAUUAAAACUCUUACAACCUUUAAGUAAUUUUAUCUCAAAAUGAAUUCAUCAGAUCCGUAUUUUACAGAUGAUUCCGAUGAUUCUCGAAGUCGAGACCAAUUUCCGGAAAGGGACGACAGUAAUGUAAUUGAAGAUUCUGCUUCAAACAAUUCAAAAAAUAACGACUCUUCGAAAGAAGACGAUAUACAGUUGAAUGGUGAUGAAAGUGAAUACGAUAUUCCAAGCAAUACAAGACUUUCUAGCGACUUUAAACUGAAUAAUCAAGGGAUAUUUAACAGCAGCGUCUUCGACUCGCAGGGGUUUGCGCAUCGACAGAAGUUGCAAACUAUUCACAGUGACAGUGAUAGUAGUUCAAGCGUGGAUGUAUGCUCUGAUACUGAAGAUAUUGUUGAGAUAAGUAGCAGUGAGAAUGAGCCUAGCCCUGUAAAAUUACCCACAGUAAAAGAAAAACUUUCUGGUGCAAAACAACAGGGGAAUUUGUUAUCAUUUGUUACAAAGAAAUCAGAACAGAAACCGCAAGCAAUCAAUUUGAGGAAUGAAAACACUGUUUUAAUUGAGAAGCAAUCAAAGAUGGGCUUUGCAAAGAACCCUAUUAUUGCCUUACCCUUUAGUGUCAAUUCUACUGAAUAUUAUACACAAACAAAUAAAGUUAAGAAUUUGGAAGAGCAAGUGGCAAAAGUGGCAAACAUGCUUCGUACAAUUAAACUGGAUGCAUUACCAGAUAAAGGAGAUUUAUUAAAACUUAGAUAUGCCAAUAUAGAAAAAAAUUUAGAGGCUGAAAGAGAAAAGUUAGCUAAAAUGAUUGUGAUUAAAUCUGAUCCAGAGGGACCAGUAAAACCUUCCGUGGCCAAUUGGAAUGAUUUAAAAGCAGGAACUGAAGCAGUUUUACCUAAAACAUUUGGUACACAGGCAGUGGCAACAUAUAAUUCCCAGAGAGCACUUACAUUAGAAGCAUUGCAUCGCCUUCACGGCUCUCUAGAAAAAUGCCCUAAAGAGAAUGAUUAUACAGAGGAUCCCAAAGGAUUAAAAGUUUCACUAAUGCCUCAUCAGCAAAGAGCCUUAAGUUGGCUUAUAUUCAGGGAGACUCAAAAACCAUCUGGAGGAAUCCUAGCAGAUGAUAUGGGUCUAGGCAAAACUUUAACAAUGAUUUCUCUGAUUCUUAAGAGUAUUGAGACAAAUAAACUGGAUGAAGAUAAGAAAUCUGACUUUAUGAGCAAAAAAAAUACUUUCAAAGGAGGUACAUUAGUUGUUUGCCCAGCUAGUUUGCUCCAGCAAUGGUCAGGUGAGAUCGAACGUCGUUUAAAUAGGGGUCUUAUAUCACACUUAAUCUACCAUGGACCUAAACGAGAGAGUAGCCCCAAGAAGCUUGCGGAAUACUCAGUAGUAAUAACAACCUACUCCAUAGUUGGUAUUGAAAAUAUUAAGGAAAGCGCUCUAUUCAAGAUAAAAUGGCGUCGUAUUAUACUGGACGAAGCUCACCAAAUCAGGAACCAUAAGUCGCAAAGUUCAAAUGCAGUUUGCGCACUAAAAGGUAUUUCCAGAUGGGCUCUUACUGGUACACCAUUACAUAACAAAGAACUUGAUAUGUAUGCCCUUUUGAAAUUCCUAAGAUGCUCUCCAUUUAAUGAAUUGCCAAUAUGGAAGAGAUGGGUCAGUGAUAAAACUGCCGGAGGUCAAGAGAGGCUUCACACUGUAGUCUCAUCAUUGAUGCUGAGACGAACGAAAUCGGAAUUGAUGGAGAGUGGUGGUCUUACCUGCUUACCAUCAAAGCAAUGGGAUGUUACUCGGGUGUCUUUAGAAAAAGAAGAGAUGAGUGUUUAUCACAAGAUAUUAAUAUUCUCUCAGACAUUAUUUGCCCAAUUUUUGCAUCAAAGAGCUGAAAAAAAUCAGGACUAUUUUGAAGAGCAGAUGCCCCAAAGUUCGCAGAGUGCCCCAAACGCUGAAUAUUUUAAAAUCAGGGCAAAACUGUUAAAAAUGCACAAAGUAAAAAAUGUUAGUCAACAUGAGAUUCUCGUAUUAUUACUUAGAUUAAGGCAAAUAUGUUGCCAUCCAUUAUUAAUAACAUCUAUGCUCAAAGAAGAUACUGAUAUGGGGGACGAUGAAGAUGAAGAAAGCGCUGAAUUAAAUCUGUUGGAGCAACUGAGCAAUUUAAAUAUUGAUGAAGAUGAAGAUAAUGAUGGGGUCAUGCAUCCAAGCCAAAAUGAAAAAGUGUCAUUAAAAGAAGCAUCGAAGGGACUGCUAAAUUCAUCCCACCCGAUAUUCUCGCAACAGUGGAAGAGCAGUAAAGAAAAAGCUAUGUUCAAAUUGCUUAAAGAAAGAGUUUUAAAAUCUUCAGACAAAGCGAUUGUAGUUUCGCAGUGGACGUCGUACCUAAAUGUAAUUGGAUUCCACCUAAAAGAAGCCAAUAUUCCUUACUAUCAGCUUGAUGGAAAAGUACCAGUUAACAAACGAGUCUUAAUUGUAGACAAGUGGAAUGAUACUAAUGACAAAGUUCAAGUGUUGCUCUUAUCUCUGACUGCUGGAGGUGUGGGUUUAAACUUGAUUGGAGCCAAUCAUCUCUUCCUUUUAGACCUCCAUUGGAAUCCGCAACUUGAAAAUCAGGCUCAGGACAGGAUAUAUCGAGUAGGUCAAAGUAAACCCGUUUAUGUCUAUAAGUUUUUGGCCGCGGACACCAUCGAAGAGCGCAUCAAAUUGUUGCAAGACAGAAAAAUCCAAAUGGCGGACGGGAUGCUCUCCGGGACUAAACAAAUCACCCAAAGCAAGCUGUCUCUUCAGGAUCUUCGCAUGAUAUUUGGAAUGUAAAUAUUUUUUUAUGCGGUAUUUGACUUGUUUUAUGUUUCUAUAUUUUAUUUUUAAUUACCCUUCUUAACAGUAAUUAUUUAAGUGGCGCUCAAAUGCAAUUUAUAUA